AUGAAGCUACUCCUGUGGAUCUGGGUCCUUUUGAUGGGGAAAUCCCUCGCAUAUGUGCGCCUCACAAAUCUCAAGUGCGAGAGCUUUGACAAAUCGUACAUUGACUUUCCCGAGUGCCGACUGAAAGUCCUUGGAAGGGGAAUUAUAGCCGCCAACAUUCAUGUGAAAGCCCUUAAAUUACCAAUAAACCGGAUGGUAACAAGAUUUACCACUUACCGGAAACUCAACGGAUACCACCCGUUUCUAUUUAAUGUUUCCAAAGAGCUCUGUCGAUCAUUGAAGCAUCCAAAUCGCCUAGAUGUCUUCUACUGGUUCUACACCGCUUUUAUGCCCUAUUCCAACCUGAAUCAUACUUGUCCCCUUAAUAAUGAUAUUUACGUGAGGAACUGCACCUUGAACGAUGGUAUGUUUGUAAAGGUUCCAUUACCAAAGGGAACCUACUUGCUAACGCUAGAAAUGGAUGAUGGCAUCGAAACGUGGGUUUCCAUUAUAUCAAUAUAUUUCGAUAUUGAUGUAGACUAA